AUGUUCCAGAAGACUUGCCACUUCACCGAGCGGCCGAGAGACCCCUACCUCGAAAGAAUUGACGCGCUGAGCGACGAGGUAUCAAGUCUGCGAAGAAACUUGGACAUUUUUUCCAACAGCGGUCGGGAACAUGAUCCGAAUGACACGAACACGCGACCUCCAGCGCCCGCGCCGGGCAUUUUGAGCGCCUCCAUCGCCGGCCCUGUCGAUGAUGCCGCCUCACGCCACUCAAACGCCAACCAAAGCGCUCACCAUGCGACCCAGUCGCCAGAAGUCGUCACACUGCUCCGUAGAACCCGUCGGUCUCAUUUUACUACCGAGCCCGGUCGGCUCCCCGAUUUUGUCUCCGUUGGGCUCAUCACCCUCGACCAAGCCACGCUCUACUUUGCCACGUUUUUCGCCGGCUGCGACCACUACGUGCCCGUGUUUGACGCGACCCACGACACGCUGCCCAGUAUUCGGCAGCGCUCCAGUCUCUUGUUCGCCGCGCUCUGCACCGUCGGCUGCCGCGUUGUGUGCGGCACCGACGCGCACCAGUGGCGGCUGCUCAACUUCCACCUCAAGCGCAUGCUCGGCAGUGUCCUGUCCGCGCCCGACCCGACACCCUCUCUGGAAACGAUCCAGGCGCUUCUCGUGCGGGCGUGCUACUCGGCGGAACGCUCGCUGCUCACGGCCACGGCGACGCGGCUCGCCAUCGAGGCCGGCUUGCCCCAGGCGUACGACGAGGUGAUGGCGCGCCAAGUCGGCCAGGCGGAGGACUUGGAUACGUCCAUGCUGAUACGUCAGGCGCGCACUUGGCUACAUGUGCUUGUGCUAAGUCACAUACUGCAUGUCGACGCCGGGGACAUGCUGACGUGCACAUUCGUCGGCGACCCGCGACGGGCAAGAGUUCUUCUGGAGAACCCACACACCACCGUGUUGGACCGGUUCCUCUUUGCGCAAGUAGAACUCAACGUCCUCCGCGCCACUAUUUUUGCCUCCUUGUCGGAGCGAGUGUACCAAGACGAAGAGGAUAUACUCAGCCUCGUACGCGACGCCACGAUUGAUAUCGACCUCUGGCACAGCGACUGGGCGCGCAUCCUGCAGCCCAUGCCCGACGUCCCUCCUUGGAUCUUGGUCAACCUACGCGUGCAAAAGUGCUGGGCGACCACCAUGGCACUCUGCCGCGCCGUGCGCACCGCCGGUGUCGACAACGUCGACUUCAUGUCCCCCGCGCAGCGGUCCGUCCUGUCCCUAGCCAAAGACUCUCUACGCGCGCACCUCCAAACCAUCAUUGCCGAGCCGCGCUUAUACCUGCACAAUCUAAAAUACGCCAUGGAUUUUGUCUGGGCCAAGUGCGCCUUUUGCUAUCUACUACUUCUGAAGCUCUGUGUGCUCUUGCCCGAGGAACAUGGCACGGUUCACGAUGACCUCGUCGCGUGCGGGGCGAUCCUGGCGAGAGAGCUGCGCGACGCGGGCAUCGCGAACAGUACGGCCAACAUGUACUUGCAAUUGCUACAGACUGGCACGGACAAGUUUUCGCGCGCACUGCAGGGCCAAUAUGAGCAGCCCGAUGACGAGCGGGAUGUCGGCGGGGAUGGAUCUCGCACGGCGGGCAGCGAACUGGAUUCGUUCGUGCCAGACCAGUUUGUCUUUGAGUGGGACUUUCCGGGUCUGACGCUAUUUUCGUCUUCGACGACGGGGAUAGGCUGGCUAGAUGAUAUUCUGCUCGGUGCCCUGAAUGGUGGCGGGGACUUUUAUGGCUUCAUGGCGCCGACAGCGGAAUUCGGUGACACAAGUGGGGGAUAA